AUGACAACACAACAUCAGGCAGACUUAUAUUUAUUACCUCAUACUUCUCAGUAUCCUUCAUUGAUACAUAGCAAAGAAGACUUAGAAAGUGUCCUUCUCGUGCCAAGUACAUUUACUUCAAAGAGUGAAUGGGACCUUGUAGUGCCAUUUCUUUUAGCCAAGGGUAAGUACCAUUUGCUUAUCCCAGAUUUCUCAUGUUAUGGAGAAAACGUAUCAGACGAUGCAGCGGUUGCUAGACCCCAACAAUUAUUUUCCGUUCGAGAAAUUUCGGCUCUUUUGGCUCAUCUUAUACGUAAAACUGCCAUCAAGGGGAAGGCAAAGAUUGUUGGCCUAAGCUUGGGAGCUAUCAUUGCUAUUAGUGUCGCGUCUUUAUAUUCGGACGUUGUGAACGACGCAGUGUUUGUAUCUGGAUAUGAAGUCUAUCCGCACCUAGAUCCAGCUGGAAUAGCGCCCUAUGGGUUAUGGGCGAUAAAUAGGAUUGAAAGACUUGUUCCCAUCAGUAUAAUUAGAUGGGCUAUGGAUGGUGCUGAUAUACAACAGGAGCUGCGAUCUGGUAGUCUAUCUUUUUGUAGAGAGAUAAUUCGUUGUUUAUCUGGUGUGGACUCCUGGCCGCCUAUUCCAUGGCCUUCGCGUACAAUGAUUGUAGCUGCCGGAAAAAGGAACUGGUUUCUUCCUUCCGCAGACCAUCCCGAAGAUGCAAAAAAGUUGGCUGAUAUUGGAAAGAUCAUGAACGGUAGAACUGUUGCCGUUGUCCAUCCGCUUAUGAGACAUCCCUGGAAUAGACAAGCGCCCGAAUUGUUUGCUGAGGCGGUUUGGACCUGGUUUGAGAAGGGGAGACUAACGGAGGGAUUUCAGCAUUUGUGA